AUGUUAGAAAUUCCUCAAUCGAGUAGUAUUUUCCCUCCUAUCAAUUUUUUGAUCCAGAACUCAGCUUUAUUGAGCAGCUUCGCUGCUCAAAAAGUGCUCAGCAAUGGACAUCCGUCGAGCUCCUCCCUGGCCGCCCUGGAAAAACUAUCCAAAGCGUUUCGUCGUCCGGACCUACAAAUCGAAAAAUUUGCCACGUCAUGUAUCGGAAAAGAUAAGGACCAACAGAAAAUGUCCAACGUGGUCCCAUCCAGAAAUCGAUACGGUCGACCGUACAUCUCCGGUCGGCCGCUCCUCACUUGUGAUCGACAGAAAAUUGUGGAAUGCUAUAAAAAGGGAAUGAAGAAGAUUCAUAUUGCGAAGCAGUUAGGAAUCACACAUAGUUGUGUGAGCAAGGUGUUGAGAAGAUAUGCUGAAACUGGAGAAAUCGUCGCCAAGGCGUGUCGAACAGCGUCUUGCUCGUGCCCCGGCUCCGCCGAGGAGCACGAUGCGAGAUACUGUAAGCACCUACAGGAUAAUACCAUCAGACUGUUUUUCAGCAUUGAUAACAUUCUUCGACACGAGUCAUCUGCCUCCAGAAUCAUCUAUUUUUCGAAAUCUCCAGAGGCCGAAAUUCAGGGUUUUGAAAAUAAUUCCACAACAACGACAAUGGAUCAAUAA